AUGAAUUACAGAAUCCCCACUCUCUCCAACGUCCCUUUUAGGGUUUUGCCAACCCUCGAGGACCUCGGCAGGGGCAGGGCGGAGGUGACUUUGCGGGUUCGAAAUGAUAUUCCCAACACUUCUUGUGCAGCAAAUAUUAUUUUGUCUCUUUCUGUUCCCAAGUCCACUGCUGCUGCUUCUCUAGAAGCCAUUCCCUCCGUGGCAGCGCAGGCGAGGAGCGCGGAGUUCAUUGCGUCGGAGCAUCGAGUCCAGUGGGUGCUAAAGAAGUUCCAGGGGGGCAGCGAGUUGGCGUUUGUGGCGCGUCUGACUUUCCACCCCUGGGCGAGCCCUCCGCUGAAGACCGAAUUUGGGCCCUGCAGUUUGGACUUUGAAAUUCCCAUGUACAGCGUCUCCAGCCUCCAGGUCAGCAGCAGCAGCAGCAGCAGCAGCAGCAGCAGCAGCAGCAGCAGCGGGGGCUGCAUCGGGAGGGGGAGGGGGAGCGGGAACAGGGAGGGGGAAGUUGGGGUGGUGGGAGGGGCAGCAGCAGCAGCAGUUGUACGGGGAGGCCAGUCCCAGCAGCAGCAGCAGCAGCAGCAGCAGUGGUAG